GUUAGUAACUUUGUUGCUUCAAAGGGGUUAACGUGUAUUGGUUCUAUGGCGUUGCAAUCCUAUCCCCUGGCACUCGACCUUUCACGAAUUUGAUGCUUCUCGCUUCGUUCAAUUGGUGCAGCCGUUUAGAGUAGCCACCACUAGAUAUAACCGUUGCAUUGCCGGCACAAAGCACAGAGGGUCCUACUCAUUCUAUUGCAGUUGUUCUACGAUGAAGUUCGCCGUGAUCAGUUUCUUUCUUUGUGUCCUUACACUCUCCGUGACCUCCGAGGAACCCGAAUGCACCAUAGGUAAUUGCCAGAAUGCAACAAACGUUGGGUGCUUCAUUGGGGAGGACGAGUGCCGGUGCUUUUGUGUCACGGAUAAAGCUCCCUGUCAUUACCUGAUCCAGAAUUUCCAGCCUGAAUGUGCUUCUGAUGAGUUGUUGCAGUGUUCCACAGAGGUUUCCACCUGCAAAUGUCGCUGCGUUCCUGAUAGUGAGGCUUUCACAACGCCUUUUUUAGUCAGCGCAGACCUUCAGUGAACUGCUACGUUCCACCCACCUGUUCUAAAUGCUGCCUAGUGCACAGUGUGACAUUGUCGGAAUAAAAGCGUUGUACGAAUGAAA